CGCAUCUCCAAGCUUCCGGCAUCGCUUCCCGUUUUACGGUUUCUCGGCGUCGUCUCAGAAGGGCCAAUUGACAUGGUCAACUCGCUCUCAAAUCUCAUUUCUAGCGACACAGAAUCCGGUCUCGAGAUGCAGUGUCUUCCUCUACCUCACACGAGCGCACAUGUCGAUCUGCAAAUACUGGACGGUGGAAGCUUUACAGCGAAUGAGAGCAAGGUCGUUGAGGGAGCGAAGGACAAGGAGCAUUGCGUUCCUGACUGGGCAUUCUUUGUAAAGGACCAUGAAUCCGGUCGCCAAUUGCUCUGGGACUAUGGGCUCUCCGAAGACAAGGAAGAAUUUACACCAUUUGUCCAACAGAACUUGUUCGGUGAGCUGCGGCCAUGCUCUCCGCCAAAAUCAGUAGCUCAACAGAUCGUCGAACGUAACGCUCUGGCAUUGGACGAACUUGGCACCAUCAUCUUCAGCCAUGCGCACUGGGACCAUUGUCGGCCAUUCUGGAAAGACUUUUCCCGAGCUACGGCCUUCUUUGGUCCUGGGACAUUUGAGCACUGUCAGCCUGGACAUCUGAAAGAUCCGUCUGCUCAGUGGGAUGGUAGGAUCUUCGAUGUUCCUGCAGGACUUGAAAAAUGCCAGGAGCUCCAAGGACCGUGGGUCCCAUUCGGACCAUUCGAGCACGCCAUGGACUUCUUCGGAAAUGGCAGUUUCUGGGUGAUACAGGCUCCGGGACAUAUGCCGGGCAACCUCAUAGCAGCCGCGAGGCUGUCUACGGGUAUCUGGGUCAUCAUGGCCGGGGACUGCUGUCAUGCAAGGCAAAUUUACGAGGGUCUCGGCGAUUUCGCUGUGUUCACUCUGCCAGGUGGGCACAAGGCUUGCUUACAGGCAGACAUACCAGCAGCCAAGGACACGCUAAAGCGGAUCAAAGCAUUUGAAGGUGCAUACGGCGCAAAGGUGUGUCUUGCUCAUGAUGCCACCUGGAUGUUACACGGCUCUACGGAUGAGACGUUGAUUUCCUUUGUAAGCGAAGCCGUCAGGGAGGCAUUCCAGUCGGCUCUAUCGAUAGGGGAAAAGCAAUAG